AUGAUUUUCAGUCAUCGACAGGAAACAUUGUUAAGGAACUUGAAACGUUUCUGGAAUCUGACUCGAUUCUCAAAAUCGCCAAGCAUUCUUGUAGCUUUAUUAGCCAUAUUAAACGAAGUGAAUAAAAAAAAAUCAGUUUGUGAGCGGAAGAAUAGUACUGUUUCACUUCUGUCACCAUCACCUUGUAAGGAAUUUCAAACGUCGAAAAGUUUCUUGGAGAGUGCACUAAAUGUUUGCAAACCACAGCAAAAACAAGCUAAUUUACGGAAUCAGUAUUCUACUAAAGAUUCCACAAAUUCCUUGUAUUCAAGAUCUAAGCCAACGUACACUCAUUCUGAUGAUCACUGCUGUGCACAAAAGCACUUUGAUGAAACAAUGGCUAUGUUAUACAGAGAAUUGCAACUACUGAUGAAAAAUACUGAUAAUCAUAAUGAAAACAUUGAAAGUAAUAUGCAAAUGGAUCGCAGAAGUGAUACAUCAGUACCAAAAUCAGAUUCUUACACUAAUAAAUGCAAAGCUUUCAAUAAUCUUCUCGAACACAAGAAACGUUCACGUUCGCUAAAUAAAUUUGACGGAGAAAUUUUAGAAGAAAAGCUUACAGAAGGAGAAAAAUUGAAUAAAAUUUCAUUUCCAUUUGUGGAUGAAUCGCCACAAAAUUCAAUUAAGCGCCAUACUGGUGUAAAUACAGAAGUUAUUGCAGUUAACAGUGAUUCUCAAAAUUGCGAGGUUUCAUACAGUUGCGCGACAGAAUCAGAAGAUAAUGAUGAAGCAGUAAAUGUCAUCUCAUGGAGUGAAUCACCACAUUUUGGAGAAAAUAACAAUUCUAGGUUUCACAGUUCAACACUUCAUCAUAACAUUCAUCAUCGUCGACGUUCAUCACAAGUUGCAGAACAGGUUUGGAGAUUACGGCAUAGACAAGAACAAGAACGAAAAAAUGGCGUUGAUAAAAAUUUGUCACUUUCAACAUCAGCAAAAAUGGAUGAAUUUGUAACAACAAAAAUAUCAAGAGUUUCAAAUCCAAGUACUGUACCAUUAGAUCAUGUACACAAACAAUGUGCUCAAUUAGAUGAAAGUUUGGAUCCAAAAUUAGGUGUUGUGAAGGAAAUGAUCAAACAGUUAGAAAAGCCAUUAUCACUGAUAACAGCAUCACAUGCCAUAUGA